GCAGAAGCUCCGCCCAUAGGCCUGACUGUUUCGCUAAACAAAUUCUAACCUUCCUCUAACUACUUUAUAUUGUAUAUCAGAAGAUGUUUCUAGAAGCCAAGAACAUCAAGGAGCAUGACGAAAGUAAGAUACGCGGAGAGACUGGAUAAAGAUGGCCAAGAAUCAACAGGCACACCCUCCAAAGGGUCUGCAGCCAGAAGGAGGGGAUCCGCACUGGAGGAGUGGAGAGGUGAGCGGAGGAGGUGAACAUCUCCAAGGUGGAGCACGCUGACUAGACAGGAAGUAGAAGAAGACAAAGCGUCAUGGCCUCAGAGGAGUCCUGCAGCUUCUCCUCCAGGAAGUCUCCACAGCGACACAUGGCCAGAAGGAGCAGCCAGGUUCUCCUCCACCUCUUCCCCAGGACGCUGGUCCUGCUCCUCCUCGCCCAGCAGGCGCAGGCGGCGCUCCACUCCAGCUUCCGCCGCCUGAGCGGCCGUGAGAAGAAGGAGAUGCAGAAGGAGAUCUUGUCCAUCCUGGGUCUGCCGGGGCGGCCCAGGCCCCACCCGCCGCUCAGGCCGCCCUCCUCGGCGCCGCUCUUCAUGCUGGACCUGUACCACGCCAUGGCUGUGGACGGCGAGGACGACGGCAACGACAUCAUCGGCCCCGUGGUCAAGCUGAGAGGCGGAGAACGGCGGGCGGCGGCCCACCACCCGGCGCUGCCCACCCUCAGCACGCACACGCCGCUGCUGGGCACCGUGGUCAGCGAGGCCGACACGGUCAUGAGCUUCGUCAACCUGGUGGAGCAGGAGCGUGACCUCCUGCAGCCUCGACCGUACUGGAAGGAGUUCCGCUUCGACCUCACCCCGCUUCCGCAAGGCGAGACGGUGACCGCCGCCGAGUUCCGCAUCUACAAGACGCUAACGUUGGGCCAGAGGGCCAACAGGACCUUGCACAUCUCCGUCUACGAGAUCCAGAGAGACAACAGACACAGGGAUCCCGAGCUGGUCCUGCUGGACAUGCAGUCUGUGCCCGCGGGCCAGGAAGGCUGGUUGGCGUUUGACGUCACCUCGGCCUCCAACCACUGGCUCCUGCACCCGCGUAGCAACCUGGGCAUCCGCCUCUACGUGGAAACGGAGGAAGAUCGCUCCCUCUCGGCGGCCUGGAUCGGGCUGGUGGGCCGCAGGGGUCCUCGCUCCAAGCAGCCCUUCAUGGUGACCUUCUUCAGGGAGAGCCAGAUCCCCUGUCGACCCCCCCGCGCCGUCAAGACGCACCCCCGCAGGAAGAAGCCCAAAUACGACCUUCCCGUCCCCAGCAUUCAUAAUCGAAGUCCCGUCAACAGCGGAGGUCAGCCGUGUAAAAAACACGAGCUCUACGUCAGCUUCAGUGAUCUGGGAUGGAAGGACUGGGUUCUGGCCCCCACAGGCUACUCGGCCUACUACUGUGAUGGAGAGUGUUUCUACCCCCUGGGCGCCUGCAUGAACGCCACCAACCACGCCCUCAUCCAGCAAGUAGUUCACCUUCUCAAACCAGACGAGGUGCCCAAGGCGUGCUGCGCCCCCACCAAGCUGAGCCCCAUCUCUGUGCUCUUCUACGACGACAACAACAACGUGAUCCUCAAGAAGCAUCGCAACAUGGUGGUGAAAACCUGCGGGUGUCUUUGAACACACCACCACCACGCUGGCUGGCUGGACUUCUUCUUCUUCUUCUUCUCCAAGUCCUGUUUAGCCAGCACCCCCCUCCCUCCUAUGUAAAUAUCAGCGAGCUCACGUCCUGACUUCCUGUUCCGACACGCUGCUUUGGUUGGAGUCCAAGAUGAGUUGGUUCAAGCCGCUUUACACAAUUGCUGAUCCUUGGUGGAAGCUCCAUCGUCAUUCCCAAAGGCGUACCAACGUGACCAACACGAAGGCUGGGAUUGGACGGGAAUAUGCUCGUACGUCCGACUCAUCAGCUGCCACACCUUGGAGCUCUUUCACACGCUUGGUGGCUGCUGAGGCUGGACCAGAAGAACCCUGACAGGCUGAUAGGGCCGUGCGUCCAAGGACCACCACGGGGACCGAGGUGAGCACCGGGUGCGGUGCCCCCGGGUGCCCAGGAUGGAGGGGCUCCAUCUUGUGUGUCAGGGUUAGUGGGACCCCAGCAUGCAGCAAGUACAGCAAGUUGAUUUAUCCAAUGAAGAUCUUUAUUUAUUAUUAUUAUUAUUAUUAUUUUACACGGCUGUUCUUCCCCAGUCUCUCCCUCCCUGUGCUCGCGUGGUUCAUGGUCCACAGCGUGUGUACUUCCAAGUGUGUACUGUGUAGUACUUCAUCAAGUGGUUGUUUGUCUAAAGUAAUGAAAAGAUCACACUAAAACUAAUUUUGGUUUAUUUUUUCAUCCACAUCAUACAACAUUGAUUUGACGGCUGGCGCUUUUAGCUCGAUGGCUAGCGCUCAACCUCUCAUCUUGCAUUCAGGGGAGGGCGGGGCUGGCUCAACAAGAUGGCCGCCAUCAAAACUAGUCAGGUGGAACUCCAUGAAGAGCAUCAGGCAAUUAUCCUUCCAGUUACUCUAAACCUUGGACCUGUGGGUCUCUGCUCGUCAGCACCCCGCGGUAGCCACGCCCUCCUCUCCGGGGCUCCGCCCCCCAAUCAGUGCACAGGUGGCAGCCCUGGGACAAAGUGGCGUCUGUCAUUUCAGCAACCUUCCCUCGUCCGUGAGCCGACGCCCUGGUUCUCUUGGUGGGGACGCCUCCUUCCUCGCCGUCCUCCGCCGUGUUCUCGUCCUCGUCUCCCAGCUUGCCUCCGGGAGCCCCGCCCUCGCCGUCCUGCUCUGAGGAACUUCCUGGACCUUCGGCGCCGGCGGCCGCACGCUUCCUCACCACGGGGGUCACCUGAGGGGCCGAGAGGAGAACGUCCAGACAGGAUGGAGUCAUGUGAUGAGGACUCACCUGUCCAUCAGAGCUUCUGUGCUUGAGUCGAAUGUGUUUGUCCAGCAAGAAGCGACUGCCAAAGAUUUGGCCCAGACCUGAGGUGGUCCACCUUUUAAUGCUGUUAUGGAGGCCCCCGCUUUCCCUGGCGACCAUCCCAAGACUGGUGGCAGACUAACACCCCCCCCCCCCCCCACACCCCCCACCACCCCCCGACAUGACCAUCUACCAACUGGACUACCAUCUCUACUUCCUCUUUAUAUACCUACAAUGUGGCAUAGGUCGCCCCCCUCCAUCCCUCAUCCCCCCCCCACAAAUGAGGAUGAUGAUGUCAUGGAAUGUUCAUGGUUGUUCUUCUAAAGGCCUUUCUGUGUCUGAUGGACCAAUAUAUUACUAAAUAAAUAAACUUCACCUGUGCAAUACUGCUUUGUGUACUAGCGUGUACCCACGACAGAAGUAGUGUACUAGUGUGUACCCGUGAGAGAAGUAGUGUACUAGCGUGUACCCACGAGAGAAGUAGUGUACUAGCGUGUACCCACGAGAGAAGUAGUGUACUAGCGUGUACCCACGAGAGAAGUAGUGUACUAGCGUGUACCCGUGAGCUAGUAGUAGCGUACUAGCGUGUACCCGUGAGAUAGUAGUAGCUCACUAGCGUGUACCCGUGAGAGAGUAGUAGCGUACUAGCAUGUACCCGUGAGAGAGUAGUAGCGUACUAGCGUGUACCCGUGAGAUAGUAGUAGCUCACUAGCGUGUACCCGUGAGAGAGUAGUAGCGUACUAGCGUGUACCCGUGAGAGAGUAGUCGUAGCGUACUAGUGUGUACCCGUGAGAGAGUAGCAGUGUACUAGCGUGUACCCGUGAGAAAGUAGCAGUGUACUAGCGUGUACCCGUGAGAAAGUAGCA